UUUUCAGGGUCUUGCGUGUCAUGUACUUCAACCUCAUCAGGUCCACAGAUGGAUAUUUCCCUGUUUUGUCGCCACGGAUGGCCUGAGAUGAGAGACGAAUCGAGAGUCCAACUCCUUCAGCGCUUCAUUAACCAACACCAUCGUGGGUGGAUGAAGAGGAGUUUUUCGUGCCACAGCAGUCACUGCCACCAUCUACUGUGAUGUCAGACUAACAGUAUGUAUGUAGCUGUCUAAAAAAUGGCAUUGUUCAUCCCUGAUAUGGCUGGUCGUCUGUUUUUGCUCAUCCUCCUUUUCGAUACCUUCCAGUUCCUCAAAGCCAAAGAUCCUCCUCAACCCAGUCUAACAGUGAUUCCUGCAGUCAUCAAAGAGAGAGACUCAGUUCAGCUGAACUGUCAGACUCCUCCAUCUGGCUCUGAUUGUUACUUCAAAAUGGAAGGGCAAGUAGAAUUCACCCUUCCAUCACCCUGUCAACAGACACUCACAGGAACACUACUGGUGAGGUGGACAGGUCAGAGUUCACCAGCUGAGGUCAAAAUCCAAUGUCAGUACAAUGCUACAGGUUCACAGUUUAGAUCCAUAUACAGUGAGCCUUCAACAGUCACAAUUCAGGACCUUCCUCAGCUGACAGUGAGUUCUACAGUCAUCAGAGAAACAGAAUCAGUUCAGCUGAGUUGUGAGACUCCUCCAUCUCUGCCUGUGUCUCACUGUUACUUCAACAUAGAGGGGAGGAAGAAUCUUCCAGACUCAUUGUGUACUCAGACAAUAACAGGAACUGAGCUGCUCAAGAGGUCUGGUCCAACAUUUCCAGCUGUGGUCAAAGUGACGUGUUACUACACUGUAUGGAAGUCUCCCACAUCUCCUUUUAGUGACCCUGUCUCAGUCACUGUUCAGGAUCUAAAACCAGACAUUACAGUACAUUUUGAUGAGGACUUCAACAUCAUCUGUUUGAUUCCUGGAUCCUUCAGUCCUGACACCACCUGUAACCUGUAUGUUGGAGAGGAGAGUCAGCCAUCCUUCACAGCAAAGAUCAAGAAGAGAAAAGCCACCUCAGCAUCCAAACAGUGGUUCUGUCAAUUCACUCCAAAACAUAGUGAUCUGAUCAGUCGUCUACAGUCAGUGAGGCGUAAGGAGGUGAGCUGUGACUACAGAUUGAGCUCAGGACCAAACUCUCUCUCUCCACGCAGUGAUGGGCACAGCUUUACAGAUCUGGUGGGAGUUCACAUCAGUGAUCCAACAACUAUACAGACACCUUCUAUAGCAGUGAGUUUGACUCCAGGUCCUAGAUCUACUUUGCCGCCCAGCACGACAGCGAGUCCUACAGAAGUUUCAACUGUUACUUGUACCUUUACCCCAGACACCACACUGACACCAACUACCAGGUCGACUGUUUGCUGUACUUUGACCACUGACACCCCAGCGAGUCCAACUGAAAGAGGUCAAACCUCCACAGAAAGUGAAGUGGAAUCAAACAGUCAAGAAAGCAUUUUGUUGGGGCAAUUAUGGCAGGCAGCAGUGGGUGUGGCUUCUGGAGUGGGCGUGUUCCUGGUAGGAUUGACAGCUGUCUGUCUCUGCAGGAAGACCAAGAAAACCAAUUCCCAGAGACCUACAGCCAGACAGGAUGAUCACAGACAAUAUGAUUUGGUGUCUAUGGGAGCGGUGAGCAGUGGAGUCAUGGUGGAUUCAGGAGAUGCUGGAAACGAUUCUCAGAUCACUUCUGUACUGUCCAUGUUCAUGCCCUCAGGUCCCAUUGAUGUGGAUUCACAGGCAUUUGCAAAUAAACAUUCUGAUACGUACCAUGUAUACAGCUCAAUCCCCGACAGACCAGCAACCUCAGCCCAGCCGGAUGGGUUGUACAGUCUUCUGCAGACACACUGAAACUACACCUCUGGCCUUCUGUAUUUUUCUCACACAUCUCACACAAAUACAAAUACAUACAUUGAUUAACAGGUAAUAUGUCUACUGUAUUACACAUGGACAACUGGUUUCUGUUGCAUGUCUAUCCAUAAUAUCUCUUACUGUGUUAAUAUUUAUAUUUUGGGGAUUUUGGAGGGGUACGGGGCAUACUCCCCUUUGAGCAUUUUUCUUAUUUCUUCUCCCUAGUAAAUGCUAAAUCUACUGUAUUUAAGUAUAUUAUGUUGACUGUUUGAUACCUUCUUCCAUAACAGUUGGAUACAAUUAAUUUCCUAUUGGGCAAAACAUAAUCCAAACACAACCAAAACAAACUGCAAAUGCAUACAAACUCAAGUUUGUUGAGUCACAAGCUUGAUGCAUUUAUUGGGUGCAAAGAAUAUAGGACCAAAAUACAUCAUGCUUGACUACUUUAAUAAACUAUAAAUGAAUUUGUCCAAAUACUUACGACUUCUUGAAUUGGGUGGACUAUAUACAUAAAGUGCUUUUUUAUCUAAUUUGUAAAACAUACAAUACCUUCAGAAAGUAUUCACAGCCCUUGACUUUUUCCAAAUGUUGUUAUGUUACAGCCUGAAUUUAAAAUGUAUGAAAUGUAGAUUUUUUUAUGUCACUGGCCUACAAACAAUACCACAUAAUGUCAAAGUGGAAUUCUGUAAAAAAAAAAGUGUCAAUAAGUAUUCAAUUACUUUGUUAUGGAAAUCCAAAAUAAGUUGAAUAAUACAUUGCAUGGACUCCCUCUGUGUGCAAUAACAGUGUUUAACAUGAUUUUUAAUGACUACCUCGUCUCUGUACCCCACACAUACAAUUAUCUGUAAAGUCGGUUAGUCGCGUAGUGAAUUUCAAGCACAGAUUCAACCAAAAAAAACAGGGAGGUUGUCUAAUGCCUCACAAAGAAGGAAACUAUUGGUAAAAAAAAGCAGACAUUGAAUAUCCCUUUGAGCAAGGUGAAGUUAUUAAUUACACAUUGGAUGGUGUAUCAAUAUACCCACUCACAACAAAGAUACUGCCAUCAUUCCUAACUUAGUUGCCGGAGAGGAAAAAACCCACUCAGAGAUUUCACCAUGGGGCCAAUGGUGACUUUAAAACAGUUACAGAGUUUAAUGGCUGUGAUAGGAGAAAAGUGAGGAUGGAUCAACAACAUUGUAGUUAAUCUACCAAGCUAACCUAAAUGACGGAGUGAAAAGAAGGAAGCUUGUACCUGUUUGCAGCAAGGCACUAAAGUAAAACUGCAAAACUGUGGCAAAGCAAUUCACUUUUUGUCCUGAAUACAAAAUGUUAUGUUUGGGGCAAAUAGGAUACAACACAUUACUGAGUACCAUUCUCCAUAUUUUCAUGCACAGUGGUGGCUGCAUCUUGUUAUGGGUAUACUUGUAAUCAUUAAGAGACUGGGGAGAUUUUCAGGAUAGAAAAUAAAUGUAAUGGAGCUAAACACAGGCAAAGUACUAGAGGAAAACCUGGUCGAGUCUGCUUUCCACCAGACACUAGGAGAUGAAUUCACCUUUCAGCAGGAUAAUAACCUAAAACACAAGGCUAAAUAUACACUGGAGUUGCUUACCAAGAAUACAGUGAAUGUUCCUGAUGGCAGAGUUACAGUUUUGACUUUAAUCUACUUGAAAAUCUAUGGCAAGACCUGAAAAUGGUUGUCUAGCAAUGAUCAACAACCAAUUGGACAGAGCUUGAAGAAAUUUGAAAAUAAUAAUGGCCAAAUGUUGCACAAUCCAGGUGUUGAAAGUUUUUAGAGACGCAGAAAGACUCACAGCUGUAAUCGCUGCCAAAGGUGCUAAUACAAAGUAUUGACUCAGUGAUGUAAAGACUUAUCUAAAUGAAAUAUUUCUGUAUUUCAUUUUCAAAAAUGUAGCAAAAAAUUACAAAAAACAUGUUUUCAAUUUG